AUGUUUUGCCCCACCACCCAAUUCCCUUCAGGCCGAGACCACACUGCCUUGAGCGUGCUCAAAGCCCUUGACUCCGGAAACUACGACUCUGACAUUGCGGAUCUGUUACAUGCACUAACUUACGCCCAACGAGCUACCGAAAACUCAAACACGAUUCGCCUCCGACACACAACACGGACUCAGGGAAAAACUUCGCCCGGCCCUUCUGCGGCAACGGCAUCCAAGACCAAUGCCCUGCCCAGUGGACCUCCUCGACUGAAGAACGGGCGGAUUAGCAGUGGCGGACGAGCCCGAGGAAUCUCACUACCCAUCGAACAGCUCAGCUACGACCCUUCGUUUGACGCUCACGAUGCUCUGGAGGAACCCGAUCUCGCGAACCGGACCCUGCGAAACUCAACCUACGGACCCGAUGAUAGUACACCAUGCGGCAGUGCCUGGUCGCAUCCAGACAGAGAACAUUGCGACAACUGUUCCGAGGGGCAAGGGCUUCCGGAGGGACCAGAGGGCACGGAGGGAGAAACGCGUUUGGGAGAAACGCGUUGGGGAGAAACACGUUCGGGACAAGAUCGUAAGCGGUGCGCAGAUGGUCAAGAGGACCGAUCGCCUGUGGUGUCGGUUGCUGCACCAAUUAUAAUAGACGGCAACGAUCUGCUCAGAGGCCAGAAGAUUGUGAAGCACUACGCUUUGGUCUUAGUGCGAGGGUUGUGGAUGAAGCAGUUGACGGAGCUGUUGGAUGAGCACUGCUUGUUCACUAGCUUGUCGCCAGACCUCAGGAUACUGGAGAUUACUUCAAUGGAAGGUGAAGUGGUCGAGUUCCCUCUAGAGUGUCUCGUCCGCCUAACCACCAAGGUGCGAACGGCCGAAGAAAAGGAGGAGAUCCACGCCGCUCGCGCCAAACUCAGAAUGCACACCUACUGUGAACGGCGAGUCAGCUACAGUCGGACAGACGAAAACGCUCUCGCUCCGGAUUUCGUGGUCAUGCUUGAUUUCCCGGGACGACGCUUGGCCUUCGUGUUCAAUGACCCCCUUCACUGUGAACGCUUCAGCCGCUGUGUGUGGAUCAUUCGAAACCUGCAAAUGAACUACCAACAACAAGUAUGCCCACCCCCCCCUUUCACUCUCUAA